CCGGCCGGCGGUCGCCAUCGCCAUGUACCGUACAGCACAGUGUUGAGUGAGUGAAUGAGUGAGUGAGCUAGGAUGGGACUCGCAAACACUGACAGCGCACUAUGAAAUCAACUUGUCUAGCGGCGGUCAUGCUGCUCGUAUAUGGUGCCAUCUUCCCCGGGUUGUGUUCUGAAGACGAGGAACGGUUGGUGAGAGAUCUGUUCCGAGGUUACAACAAGCUGAUACGACCUGUCCAGAACAUGACUCAGAAGGUCAACGUACGCUUCGGCCUCGCCUUUGUCCAGCUCAUCAACGUCAACGAAAAGAACCAGAUCAUGAAAUCAAACGUAUGGUUGAGGCUGGUCUGGAACGACUACCAGCUGCAGUGGGACGAGGCGGACUACGGCGGUAUCGGAGUGCUGAGACUGCCACCAGACAAGGUGUGGAAACCGGACAUAGUGCUCUUCAACAAUGCGGACGGCAACUACGAAGUCCGGUAUAAGUCCAACGUGUUGAUUUACCCCAACGGCGAAGUUCUUUGGGUACCGCCAGCCAUUUACCAGAGUUCAUGUACAAUAGACGUGACGUACUUCCCGUUCGAUCAGCAAACUUGCAUAAUGAAGUUCGGUUCAUGGACCUUCAACGGCGACCAAGUGUCCUUAGCUCUGUACAAUGACAAGAACUUUGUGGACCUGUCGGAUUAUUGGAAGUCCGGCACCUGGGACAUCAUCGAGGUGCCGGCGUACCUCAAUAUCUACGAGGGUCCUCAUCCGACCGAGACCGACAUCACCUUCUACAUCAUCAUCCGUCGUAAGACUCUGUUCUACACCGUCAACUUGAUCCUGCCCACGGUGCUCAUCUCGUUCCUCUGCGUGCUAGUCUUCUACCUGCCGGCCGAGGCGGGCGAGAAAGUCACGUUGGGCAUCAGUAUUCUCCUGUCACUCGUCGUGUUUCUGCUGCUCGUCUCCAAGAUUCUCCCUCCGACGUCUCUAGUCCUUCCACUUAUAGCCAAAUACUUACUCUUCACCUUCAUCAUGAACACGGUCAGUAUUCUAGUGACGGUGAUCAUAAUCAACUGGAACUUCAGAGGUCCGAGGACGCACCGGAUGCCGCCUUGGAUCCGAGCCGUCUUCCUCUACUACCUCCCGAUCAUCCUGCUGAUGAAGCGGCCGAAGAAGACGCGGUUGCGGUGGAUGAUGGAGAUGCCCGGCAUGAGCGCUCCCCCUCAUCCCUCGUACGGGUCGCCCGCAGAGCUUCCCAAACAUCUGCCCCCCUCAGCGCCGGGCAAGAGCAAAAUGGAGGUCAUGGAGCUCUCGGAUCUCCAUCAUCCCAACUGUAAAAUUAACCGCAAAGCGAGUGCGGAAAGAAGAGAAAGCGAGAGCUCUGACUCACUGCUUCUCUCACCAGAGGCCUCGAAAGCAACGGAAGCAGUAGAAUUCAUCGCAGAACAUCUACGAAACGAGGAUCAAUACAUACAGAUCCGUGAAGACUGGAAGUACGUGGCCAUGGUAAUCGAUAGGCUGCAGCUGUACAUUUUCUUCAUCGUCACAACGGCAGGCACCGUUGGGAUCCUCAUGGAUGCUCCGCAUAUAUUCGAGUAUGUGGAUCAAGACAAGAUCAUAGAGAUCUAUCGCGGAAAAUGACUUGAUUCGCCGCUUGUUAUCGUGAUACUAAUAGGAUAUGUAUGUAAAAACAAUAAUUUAAAGUAUUGACAUUGUUUUCUUAUAAAUAUUAUAAUUAUAUUAUUAAUGAAAGUUGUGUAAAUUGAACACUGUUAUUGGCCUCCAGGAGGGUCUGUGCUUGUGGCACAAGAGAGUGACAUCUGGGCUAGAAUAGAGGGAGUUUCGACAUGAAUAUCGCCUCGAUCCAUCGACUAGCAAUACUCCUCCUACUGCCUUCAGAGCACUGGAGAGAAUGUAGUUGCUUUAUCACAUAAAUAAUUAUUACAACUUAUGAUCGUUGUCAAUAUUCCAAUUGUAAAACACAAUAAAAUAAAUGUUAAUAAAUAAAUUAAUACAAGUAGAUUCUAUGCUGUUUAGGGUAUUUUGUUUCACAUUCUUGGAACAAAAUGUAUUAUUGGUCAUAAUGUCAAAAAUAUAUAUUUUAAAUUAAAGUAAAUUAGUUCUAAAAAUUUGAUUUCAAAAGAAAUUUACUCGUUAUAAUGAUAAAAGAAAAAUAAAUUACUGAUCGCAGUUUAUGACUGCUGGUUGUAUAUCAAUCAAAAUACAAAAACUUACUGUCAAACUCAAAAAUUAAAACAAUUUUGAUGAUAAUUUGUUUAAAUUCUUUAAAAUAAUGAAGUCUUAUAGCACUAUGAUGUGGCCUUACUUUAAAAAUGAGCUCGUACUGAUAAAUUUUUUACUGUAACAAUAUAAAAUGGCGGUAUUCAUGACUCCGACUCUGGAGAAACUAGGAAGCGAACAUAAAGAGCUUGCCAAUGAUCAGGUGCCUUGAGAACAAUAUGCACGUCAUUUAUAAAUCAUUCUGUCGUUUUAAAACUAACAAAUAUUUUCCUUCAUCUCAAAUUAAUACAUUUUACUUCCAAAAAAACAAAAUUUUAAUUGUUUAGUUUUUUAAUAUUAAAGAAAACGUAGUGACCCAUAUCAAGCUACAAUGGAUUAUUUAUCCUGGAAUUGUCAUCUCUAAAAUUCAAGUAUUAAUAGACAAUCAACUAAAUAUCAUUUUUGAUAUACGGAGCAACAAGAGAUACUAUGCAAAUUGCAAACAUCGGUUAGCUAUGUGAGGGCAAUUAAAAUAAUUGUAAUCAAAACUUAUUAUUUUAUAUUUAAUGUGAAAUUACUUCAAAAAUAUUCGUUAUUAUUUAACGAGAUCUACUUUAAUGAUUAAAGUUGUUGUAAAAUAAUUUAAAUUAACCUUAGUAAUUCUAUUUUUUAAUUUCCAUUUAAAUUUAUUAUUGUUGCUUCUCUGGAAAAUUGGCAGAGGAGGUGUUUCUAUCACUACUGAAUUGACGUAUUUGGAGGAAGAAAAGUGCAUAUUGUUCUUGGGGUACGUCUCACAUAAAAUAUGCAUUUUCAAUGUUGUGUUGCCCGUUCUAGUCCAUAAUCUGAAAGUAGCGUAUAGAAAACAAAGCCUUUUGUCGCGUCUAUUAGACACCUUGCGGUGCAGAUGCCUCGCAAGUUGUCUUCUAGAGACAUCAAGGCGAAGUGUGCUCAACAUUAAGUAUCUGUAGAGACUCUUAUUUUAUUAUAAUAUUAAUUAUAUAUAAUAAUAAAUUAAUAAAGAUAAUGUAAUAAUGAAACAAGGGGGAUGCCUUGCGUAGACGAGGCCGAUGUGCUCGCGUGAAGCGUGGAGCGUGAAGCUUGAAGUUCUCUCUGUUGUGACUGUGUCGCGUUAGGCGAGUGAACGAAGUCGAGUGAGCGAGCGACACCGGACAUCGUCACUUAGCGAAAACUACUACGGGUCUCCUCCUUCACGUUACGUUGCGUUCUGUUACUGUACUGUUGUGUCCACACCACCGUAACCACAACAAAAGCUCAACACUACUGAAUUUCUAUUUGCAAUAACAUAACCGUAACAAAUUUCCUUAUGAGUAUCGAGUGAGAUUCUUUAUUUUCUAUGAAAUGAAUGAUUUGUUAUUACGUGUUACUUAAUAUUUAAGACUCUUAAUAUCAUAGUAAAAAUAGGACAGUUGAUGUGAACUCUGUACAGACACACAAGUUAUUGUUUUAGGUACUACGAAAUUAAAUUUUAUACAAACCAUCGAUUUGUAAAAUAAGUAUAUUCUUAGAAAUUAAGCAAUACCGCUUGUUUGUUCAGGAUAUUUUUUGUGUUCUGGAGAUUGAUUUUUCGUUUUUUUUUUUUUUUUAACUGAAUCGCUUUUCAGAGGUUAAGUCUUAAAAAUGCUUCCUUUCCAGUACUAAUUAAAAUCACAAACAACAAGGAAUUGGCCUUCUCUUGUUUCCGAAACUUCACAAUGUAUGAGUAAAAAUCGUUAUGUAAAAGAUCGAAUAAAGUUUUUCAUCAAGCUCAGUCUACCCUCAGCUGAAUUGAAAUGGCUAAAAUCUUGUAAACUAAUUAUUAUUACAUUGGAUAAUUGGCUUAAGAGAUUUUACUUUCUUUUUACUCAGGUUAUUAUAGUUAUAGUGCACUUUGAGGUAGUAUGAGAAAUCAAGAUGAGAAAUAAUGUAAUGAAACAGAAAUAACGUUAUUUAAGUGCCAUGUCAUCAUGUACUGCUAUUUAAGUAAAUAUAUUUCAUUCUCUCCUGCUGAGUUUAAUCAUGUUUUGGAAAAAGUUAUACUGAAUUAAACAUGCAACUGUUAAUAAUGUUUAAUACAAUGCCACAAGAACUGAAGGAAGGAAAAUUACAGGUUAAAUACUAAAUUGAGUUGACCAAUUCCAGAAUGUCUUGUCCAUGUUUUUCAAAAUGCUUGUUUUUCUGGUGUCAUUCCAAUUUAUAACAAUUCUUGUUACAUGAUCAACACAUCCUUUUUACUUAAAAAAAUCUUGCCUAGAUUUCAAAAAUUGCUCUUGUUCAUCAAUAUAGAGGAGAACAUGUUCAUGGAAUAGUUGUACAAAAUGUAUCCUCUUGCUAGUGUAAUUAAGAUUGGCUACUGCCUUAACAAUUCCAAACCGUCUCCAGUAUUGGAAACAUUUUUAAUUGAAUUGUCAUUUUACUCAUUGUGGGAAACAAGUUUACAAUUUUAUUGGAAUUGUAAUGGCAGCCCUGAUUGACACACAGUAAAAAAACUUACAUUCAAUGUUUAGCUAUAAAUAAGUUGUCUUCCUCUUUAGACCCAUAGAUAGUAUAGUUAUGUUCUUUAACUGAAAGAUCAUGGGUUCAUAUCCCAGGUAACAUCAUGAUGGAAUUGCAGUUGACACCAAACUAGCCAGCAUAACAGCUAAGGUUUGACAGACAGAGACCAAACAACAUUUUGGAAACAUAACCCUAUGUGGCUGUCCACUUUAUACUUGUUUUAUUUAGGCAAGAUAAUUGUAUAUUAUUAUCUUAAAUUUUAGUAAUUUUAUUAUAACAUUAAGCAAAAAAAAAUUUAAAAAACAAACUAAACGUCUGCCCUUGGCAAGAUGGCUUCCAAAAUGUCCAAAGCAUCUCGUCUGGUAUUGUUACUAAUCGUCUCUUUUCCUAAUGGUUUUGCCAAAUUACUUAUUAAACUAGCUUGUAGUAAUUACAGCUUUUAAAAUAAACAUCACAAAUAUAUAAACAAUCAGUUAGAUAUUGAUACAUUCAAACAAUUUAUAAACUAUUGCUAAAUCUUAUUUCUCCAACAGUUGACUUAAAUGGGCAAGAGACCAUUUGGAAAUGGUCAACUCAGUUAAUAGUCUAUACUGAAUAGGGGCUUUAAUUGUAAUAAAUAUUCAUGUAUUUUACUCCCACUGUAUCAAAAUUUUGUCAAUGAUCUACAUAAAUUAAUUUAUGAAUGUUAAGUAAUUUACUUGAUGAAAAAUAUAAACCUGUGUGUAGUAAAGAAAAUGAGAUGUUUGCAUUGUAACUAAAAUUUCUUCCAUAACUCGUAGUUAAAAAUUCAAUUUGAAAUAAUGUUAAAUCGGCCUAAAGCCAUCUACAAGUUAUUCAGCGUGAGACCAUCCUGUACAGUUUAGUUCGGCCUAAUUCUGCUGGAAUUGUUAUUUUGUAAUAAGUUAUUGUGUUGUUUUUAUAUUAUUGAUUUCCUUGCAUUUACUAUUAUUACACCAAACGAGACAUAUUUUAAUACUAGACUUUAAUUUUAGUAUUAAAUUACUUACAUAAAUACCUAAUGUGUUUUAAUUAGUACAUUGGUUUGCUGCCAAAAAGUGAUUUCCAUUAAUAAAAUAUACUCUUUGUAUGUAUGUGUGAUUGCAUGAAGAAAGUUGUUGUGAGUUUUAAAAGGAACGCUUUCCAAGGUGGAAAAAAUACUAUUUGAAUAUUAUAUAUUUCUAUUUAAAUUUUACUCAUCAGUCUUAAGCAGAUGUAAAUAUUAUUCCUUUUUGUUAAUACGCUAAAUAUUUACAAUAUCAAGGUUUCACUUUCUUUUGGAAAUGCACUUGUUUUAAACAAAUCUGACAGAUAUCUGGUUAAGUAUAAUUUUAGUAGAUUUUUAAUAAAUGUAUUUGGAUGAAAAAACGUUUUAAGAAAUGUUAAUUUUAAUUAAAACUGUUGACAGAGAUAAUAUGGCAAACUUAUAUCAUUGAAAUUAUUGUAAGGCAUUAUUAAGUUUAAACAUAAUACAGUAGGGUCAGAAUUUCAUGUGUAAAAAGUCUUAAAUCAUUUUUGUAAUCUUAUCGCAAUGGAUGUAAUGAUUUUAUUGUUCGUGAAAAUUAAUUGUACAAAAUAAUUGUAUCUAAGUACAGUAAAUCUAGUAGAUGUUUCAACAAGUUUCUACACGAUGUAUUACAGAAGCUUGAUGAAGUUCGAGCUGUUAUUGAAUGGUGUGUUUAAUUUUUUUUUAUAAUUGGAAGUGAUUUUUUAUAGUUUUUUAUUUACACUGUUGUGAGUCAAAAAUCAUUCCUCUGUAAUUAUGUUAUUAUCACUUACAUAAGUUUUGGUCUUGUGAAGUUGGUAAGCCAUAAGAACACAAAAAGUCACAAAUGGUUCCAAUAUUAAUUAAAUACCACUAAAAUAACUAUGAAGUUAAACAAAUAUAAAUAAUUAUCUAAACAAAGUAACCCCAAAAAGGUGACAUUAUUGUAUGUUUUUACAAUGCAGAAUAAGCUGUGCAAGGUACAUCAAAAUCUAAUGAUGUAAGUACAUCUUGCCAACUGAACAUAAUUAUUAUGUCCAGCACACCUCUGACGUCACUUCAGUUCACACUUAAGCCCUUCAUUGUUUUCCACAUAGCACACAAAACACAAAAAAAAAAACAAUUAAUUAUCCAAUUCACACAGACACAUUACAGCUUUGUAUGCGCCUACAUUUUAUACAGCAAACCACAAAAAGAACAGACGGACUAAGGACUGAAUUUCAUCCAAUAGAGAAAUACAUCAAUUGAUUUUAAUUAAAUACUAAAACACUCCUAACUAAGCCAUACUUUAAUCCAUAUUUACACAACACCCAACUUUUUCUGCAGAAGAUAGUCCGGAAAACUACAGGAAACACAAACACAAAUUAUUUUUGUAAAACAGUUGAAACAUUACAUUUUGUUAAUGUGGAGAUUACCAAACGUGUGAUCGUUUUCACAUCCUGUAAAAAAACCAUUGUGUAUGCCAGCUGACAACCCAUAAAAAUGGUGUUAAGGUCUUAGCCAUCUAAGACGGUCAGAAAUUGUGAACAAAUCUAAAUUAAACAAACAGAAAAAACUAAUAUAGACUAAAGUUUUUUUUUAAGUCUCCAUUUUUAGCCAAGCCAUUUUUGGGAUGGACUUGUUUUCUUUCAAAGCACAAAAUUGUAUACAAACUAUAGGACUUGAACCAUUAAUCUCUCAUUGAAAGAGCUGCGCCUAACAAUAAGGAUUCAUAUUUAGUUACAAAAAUAUUUACAUGUUUUUGAUUUUAUAUGUAGAAAUUUUUCAAAUCCUUUGAAUAAAUCUGUUUAUAUUUUCUUCCUCUGUGUAUUCUGAUUUUCAACCACACACUAUGAACUAUUCUGUUGAAAAUAACCUGUGUCCAAAACAUAAAUUUGGGCAGAGUUUACAUUUGUUUACUUUUCUUAACAAGAGAUUUAUAAUACUCGCCAUGAUUUAAACUAAAAAUUAAUCGAUUUUUCAUGUGAAAACCAAUUACAACGGCACAAAAAUUGUUAAAAUCAGUUUGGUUUUGUAUUCAUGUCAUUUAGCUAGUAACUUUCUUAUCCAGCAUGUAUAGUUUAUGUUUUAUCUCUAAAAUCAAAUGUGAUAUUCGUUUUUAUGUAAUUUUCCUGAAACAGAAAAAAAAUAGAAGGGUUCUCCUAUAAAAAUUAUUUAUUGUAUUCAAGAUUUAAUGUUGAAUUGUUGAAACUUAACAAUGCCUAGGGUGUUCACAAAUAUUAAACUUAAACCCAUCAUACUGUGUGAAAACAUAUAUAUUAUUGAUUACAACUAACUUAAUUGAACCGACUUUUUAUAUUUAUAAGUUUAUUUUAUUUUAUUAUUAAGAGUACAGUUUAAAAACAUAUUUUACAUAUUAAAGUAUAAAAGACGAGCUCCUCCUUACCACACUUUUAAAUAAACUCUAAAAAUAAUGUAACAUAAAUUACAAUCUUUAUCCAAGAUUUCCAUGUGUGUUAUUUUACUUUAGAUAAGAAUAAUGCUAACUUGUAUGUUUUAACUUGUAAAUAACAUUACUUAUCCAAAAAUGUGUAAAAUAGAUGCUAAACUUGCUUUUUAUUUAGAGUUUUUAAAGUCACUGGUACAUGUUAACUAAUACAAAUACGAGAGUGUAUCUACGGAAAAAGAAAUGUAGUGAGCAGAGAAGGUAUUACAUUGUAAGAUAUUAAUGAAGUGGUGUUAAAAUAAAAUUAGUUGAAUUUGUUUUAUUUCAGUAGCAUUUUUAUUUUCUUUCUUAGACAAUCUAUGCAAAGACUUAUUGAACUACACAAUAUGUUUAAAACAUAAAUAUAUUAUAUAUAUUCGUGAGAUGUCUUGAAUUCCCGACACGAAUUGUAUGUCAGUUUGUAUGUGUGUAUGUAUGACACUAUUUUGGAAGAAUAUACUGCCUCAAUAUGUUAAGACUAUGUUAAAAGUGAAACCUGUAUAUUACAAAUUGUGUAUAAAACUAUAUAUAUAUACAUUAUAUAUAUAUAAGACUUGAGUACAAUACAAGGAAGGUUUAAAGCUCGGUAGAUAUAUUCGAUUUGUUAUUACUAUGUAUUUUAUUAUUUAAAUGUGAAAAUUACAUUUUGUUGGUUAUGAUUUAUUGUGUGAUUGCCAUGUGUGGAAAUCCUAUGUAUUCCUCUAGUAAAACCUUUACGCUGAUGUGAGGGGAUAAAAGAGUACGAGGGUCAUAAUCGGUAAAACAGAAAAGUUCAAUGGUAUUAAAAAUACAAUUAGUUUAUAAAAAACCUAAUACAUAGUUUUCAUCACCAACAUGUAAAAAGUAAAAGUUUUAGCAAUGUCAAUACAGUACUUGAAAAUUUGAUUAUUUAAAAACAUUUAUUUUUAUAGUAUCUUCGGCACUCUUAUAAUAAUUGUAUAAAAAAAGAAGAAUUGGAAAAGACAUCUAAAAUUAAACACCACAAGCCCAUAUGAAAUAUUCUCACUGGAUGUAUGUAAUGUCAUUUGAUUGAAGUAAAAAUAUUUUCAUAGUUAUUACAAUAAACUGUUUCGACAACAAAAAAAUGCCUUAACUAUUAUUUUCAACGGCUUUCCUAAUUCUGUCAUACGAAUUGACAUGCUGUUCUAUACUACUCCAUUCAGAUUUCAAUAAACAACACCCAAGAAAACAAAAUUUGUUUUUAAAUAUUGUUUGGUGCUUUGUGGGAAAUUGCUUAAAGUAGAGAUGAUUUAUUGUUCAGUACAUUGGCCAAACAAUGGGAAAAUCACAACUGAAAUUUGAAUAAAAACCGUUAAUGCUUUUUUUACAAGGUAAAAUAAUCGUAAAUAACACAAUAAUAUAUCAUAUUUAUUUUUAACUUUAGUUACUCAAUUGAUGUAAUUAGUCCAAUAUUUUCAAUAAUAAUGUAUGAUUGUGUAAUGCUAAAUAUUUUAUCAACUUAAAAAUCUAAAAGUGUAACUGUAAUAAAUAUCUACCUAGUAGCUAUUGUACUUGGUUUUAGGUGUUUGAAAAGGAGGCAUUUUGAUCACUGAUUUUGUUUUCAUACACAUAGGUUAAAAUAAACCAUGAAUUACAGGAAUUAUUUUUAUUAAAACUAAACCCUCGCUUAAGUGUUGUAAAUAAAUAUGACAGAUUAUAUACCACAUAACGUAUACUUAUCACCAAUUUUGUAUAAUUACAACAUAAUAAAAUAAUGUUAUUGAGUAUUUUUCCUAUUUAUGUAAAUAUUAAUUUAGACAACAAUGAACCAUUUUUGUUACAUAAAUAAUAUGCAUUUCACCUUUUGUUUUGAAGACGUUAAAGUCUACUAUAAGUGAAAAGUAUCUGUCGCAGCUUAAUUGUCAUUACUACAAUGUAUUUUAAUGUAAAAUUGUACCUAAAAAUAAACACAAGAUUUUUUUCUAAGUCGAAACAACAGUUCAGUGUUUGUUCAUAAAUUGUAAAGAACAACUGAGGGCUCCGAAUUGUUAGAUUCGCCGAAGUAGAUUGCUAAAUGUUUGCUUUAUGGUGUCCCAAAGUGUCUGCACCCCUGCUUUCCCCUUCCUUGUUUUGUAAAUACAUUAACUUGUCGGUGGAAACAAGACGAGAGCCAAAACACAAGUGACGUGUAUACAUCCCAACAUCUAGCACAAAGCUGAAGUGACAUCACUUAAAUGUUUUCACUUCUGCCAAAUUAUAUGUUUCCAGUACAUGUGUUGGUACUGAGGUAUCAUUAUUUCCCUAAGUGGUGUCACACAAGUGAAGUAAACUCGUCACUUAAACUACAUCAUUUGACUGUACAAAUGACAUCAAUUCAGAAAAGGCAGGCACUUGGACUGAAGUAUCAUUUUAGAGCAUUCACCCAUUGGUACAUUUGUAAGUGGGUUCCUAUACCUUUUUUUGAGAAAGAACUCUUUUUAAACAGCAGUUCGUAAGCGAUAUAGUAGAAAAUAUAUAUAAUUUUUGAAGCAGAAGAUUUGAUCCCUUCCACUCACAACUGGGCACCAGAAAGUGAAAUCACUUAAGAGUUGAUUUUUAUAAAAAUAUUAUAAUGUACCUUAGGAUCACAUCACAUUAAAAUUUUAUUUGUAUUAAUCUAAAAAUCUAUUUUGAUACUCUUUCACUUGUCAGUAAUUAAUGUUGCUUUAGGACAAGUGUUUCUGAAAAAAGCUGAAAUCUGAAAUGAUGUCGCUUUUCAUUCAUUCACUUGAACAUUUACUCCAGUAAUGACCACAUUUCGCUCACAUUUAUCUGUAAAAAUAAACAAUAUUCCUGCCAUACAUUAUCAAUAACAUAGACAUUCUUUAACGUGGAAUUUUCAACCGAAAUGCUAAUAUUUAUUUUAUAUAUCAUAAAAAACUUGGUUCAUGUAUGUUACAAAAACUAUCAUCACAUUUAUACUAUAAUACAAUAAAAAUAGUUAAACCUAACUUUUUAAACAAAAUGAUUGUCAAUAAUAUACUAAAUCAUUUAAAUUUGUAUGUAAUAAAAUAAAUGUAAUGUUAACCGCA